GGGGGAGGCUGCCGCCAUCUUGGAUGCCGCGGAGGCCGAGAGAGGGGGGAGAGGGAGAGAGAGAGGGAAAAAGAGAGAGAGAGAGAGAGACCCGGAGACUCCGGAGCCGCCGGUGAGAGAGCGAGAAGGGGCGGGGCCUAGCCUAGGGGGCGGGGCCUACGAGUACCUACGGGAGCUCCGUAGGGGGCGUGGCCAAUGGGAGGUCUAUAGGGGGCUCUAUAGGUGGUGGGCGCUGUAUAGGGGAAGGUGUUUCCGUAGGCGCUGCUGCGCGGGGGGCUGCAGGCGGAGGGGGCCUCUGUUGGGGGCCAGGUGUUUGGGGUUGCAGCGGUGCGCAGGGGCCACGAAGGGCGCCCUGCUGGGGAGGAUGCGGGGGGGCGAUGCGGUUCCACAGGUAGGACCUGCACCUAUAGGAUGUGAGGCCCACAUGCCUCUGUGGGGAAGAGGCGCCUGGGGUGGAGCGAGAGCCUCUGGCAGGAGGAUGUGGGGCGGGCGCCGUGUGAUGAGGGCUACUUUGAGCCAAGGAGGGUUGUGGGUCCUUGUGAUCACCUGGAAAACUUGCACAUAUAGUUUAUACCUGAUUUGGAGAGGUCCAUAGAGAGGCGUGUGUGUGUGUGUAUGAGAGAGAGAGAGAUCUGUAUUACUGAAACGAUUCCUAUAGGGGGUAGUCUGUUUAAGCAGAAACAACAAAGUAGAAUUGUGGUACCUUAAAACUUAACAGAUCUCAUUAUGGCAUAAGCAUUGUGGCAUCUGAUGAAGUGGAUUCUCGUUUGCAAAAGCUUAUGCCGUAAUAAAAUGUGUUAGUCUUUAAGGUUCCACAAUGCUUGUUAUGUUGCUGAAGUAUCCAAAAGAAAUAAAGGAACCUGUUAGAAAAAAACGUUGUUUUCAUAAAGCCACCUCUCCCCCCCACCCCCGCUUGUGUGUGGAUGUGUGUUAUAGGGUCCUGUAGGGGCGUCUGUGCACCUGGGGAGGGAUCUGGAGUAUUUCUCUCUCAAGGUAGCAUUCAAUGGUUGGAAAACCCCUAUUAGCAUAUAAGUGCAUCUCUUAACCAUAAGUAACUUCAGAGUGAUAAUAAGAAUUCGUAAUGAAUUACUAGAGGAAUGUGUAGCUAGCUGUCAACAUGUCUGCAUAUCUAUUUGCUUUUUUUCUCUUAACUGGUUUUGGUUUUUGCUAGUUGCAGGCAGAGACAAGGCAGUAAGUAGGCAGAGGAAUGAAGCUGCAGCCUCUUAUCUAUGGGAUGGCUUGCUGGCUUUUGAGAUUUCAUUGGCCUUUACCUGCAAACUUUGGAGACUUAAGGGCUAGAGACAUGGGGAUGCGGGUGGCGCUGUGGGUAAAACCUCAGCGCCUAGGACUUGCCGAUCGCAUGGUCGGCGGUUCGAAUCCCUGCGGCGGGGUGCGCUCCCGUCGUUCGGUCCCAGUGCCUGCCAACCUAGCAGUUCGAAAGCACCCUUAAGUGCAAGUAGAUAAAUAGGUACCGCUUUAUAGUGGGAAGGUAAACGGCGUUUCCGUGUGCUGCGCUGGUGCUGGGCUCGCCAGAGCAGCUUCGUCACGCUGGCCACGUGACCCGGAAGUGUCUCCGGACAGCGCUGGCCCCCGGCCUCUUAAGUGAGAUGGGUGCACAACCCUAGAGCUCUGGCCCGUACGGGCAGGGGUACCUUUACCUUAUAGCCAGUCAAUGACUGUAAUGUAAAAAGUACAUUACAAGUCACACCUUUGUCAGCCUUACAGCUGUUAUGUAGAAUAUGUCAAGACCUAGUGAAAUCUCAGUAGCUUGGCAGAAACAUAGGAAGCCAUGUUUUAAAAAAACAGAUCAUUGGUCUGUCUAGUAUUGUCUGCACUGACCUGUCAUAGCUCUCCCAAGUUUUCAGAAAGGGGUAUUUCUCUGUCCUACCUGGAGAUGCUGGGGACAAAACUUUGGAUGUUCUGCAUGCAGAACGUGUGCUUUACUACUAAGCUGCUUACAGAUUGAGGCUACUACCUAAGAUAUUGAAUUUCCCCUUUCUCCUCAGGGUUGAUGCUUAAAAAUUGUGUGUGAUCCUAGGAACCUGGAAUAUUUCUUCUGUUCUGUAAGGCACACUGUUAAUAUUGUACCGUAAAUAGCUCAGUGAUUAUGUGCACAGGUGGGAUCCCUGUAUUAUUAUUUUUUCAGGUCUUGGGUUCAGGACAUGUUGAAGGCUUGAAGGUAGAGAAUGCACUUUGCCUAUACAGUAUAUGUGCAUUUGUUUAUAUAUUUAUAAAAGCUGUCCAGUAGAUUACAACAAAAAUAUUUAAAAAUAUCAAACACAACAUAGUUUUAAAAAAUGCAAUACACCAGAUUUUUAAAAAGGGGAAAAAAGCAGAAAUUGAAAAGCUUGUUAAAAUAUUUAUUAAGUCUUCAGGUGGUCUUAAAACACCAGCAGUGUAGGAGCAAAGAACAUUUCUUGGAGCAGGAGAUUCUAUAACUGCUUCCUAUAUUGUCACCAGCCCAAUCUCUUGAUGACAGCAGGAGAUGGAAAAGGGCCUCUCCAAAUGAUCUGAAUGGAUGUGCAAGUUCAUAAAAGUUCCAGGUUCAAUUCUGACUGACAAAUUAUCUCUUAAUAGCCGGGCUAAGAAAGGCCACUGCUUGAGGCUUUGGGAGAGCUACUGCCCAUUAGAAUAGACAGUACCAGGUCAGGGACUAGAGGCUGAGAGGUAAUGACUCAUCUGUGGGGAACACUCUAAGGCCGCAACUGAAAUGGGAUUUGAAUUCCUAGGUGGAUUGGACCACAUUAGCUUAUGGUAACCUGAUGGCAAGGCUGCCCUUAAACCUUUGACUCUGGGAAAUGCUAAUAUAUCAAAUCUGUUAGUAAAUGUUAAUCUUGAACAGUUUGAUGACAGUGUUCCCUAUUGCUCACAGGGGGUGGGAAGGGGUCUUUCCAGAAGUUAUUAAGGCACAGGAUCCAGAUGUCCCUGUAAAAAAAUUGUGGUCCUUUUGCAGGAGAACUGCAUUUACCCAGCAUUCAAAACUAUAGGUGGGAAAUUGCCAUUUUCCUCCAUAUAGAGUAUCGAUUGCAUUUAUGUAUGAGUUGUUCAAUGGGCCUAGCUACCUAUUGGUCACUACCUGUGACAUAAAUCACAGUAAAAGUUCUCUCUCUGAGCUUGCUCAUCAUUCAAGUUCAGUAGCACUCAUCUAGCCCUUUAAGAAAGCAUCAAUGCCAAAGCAUCUCCAAUCUUUUUUUUUUUGUGAACCAUCUCCUGCCUUCCUUGAUUUUUCUUCAACUUUCCAAAGGCUUGUGUGUUCCUCUCUACUUUGGUUGACCCCCCCCCCCCCCGGAUGUGUUAAAAGGAACAAGCCAUGCCCACUUCAUCCAAUUCCUUUGAUAUUAUUAUCCCCAUAUUGCAGAUGCCAGGUGAGGCAAAGAGAAAGUAGCUUUCUUGCGGCCACUUAGCGAGUUCAUAAUGGAGAUCGAGAUUCGAAUCUUGAAUUUUCUGAAUCGCAGCUCAGACUCUUAGCUACUGCACCACACUUAGAGAAGCAAGGCUGUUUGCAUUUAGCUUGGCUGCCUCCUUCGGCCAUCACAAAUUAGUGGUGACCACUCACACACUGGGUACAUGGCUGCAUUCCAUGUUGCCACCAUGUUCUGCAAAUGGGACCUUUCGGUUGGGUACCAGAGGUUCAGGACUGUGUGUCAGUCUAGGUUUUUCUUUUAUCUGUGGUCUCCUCUGCAGCAAUUCCCUCCCCCCCCCAAAAAAAAAUCCUAUGGGGAUUGCACAGAACAGUUUUACAAAAUAAUAUAAAGGGUAUAUAAAAAUAAAUAUUUCCAGGGGGUGCACUUUACAGGAUGCAUAAACAUAGAGAUAGCUUUAGAACACUCCAGAAUUGAAGCCCAGUGAACUGUGACAUAAUUGCAGCGAAUGCCUCAGGACACUUGCAGUGGUCACUAUUUAUGAGGGUAGUGCCUCUAAGGCUGAAAUUCUAAACAUGCUUUCAGUCCUAUUGGACAAAGUGGGCAUCACUUCCAUGUCAGAUACAGCAUGGGAUCCAGCUGUAAGUCUUCUCCAGAUAUGCCUCCUUCCACCAACCCCCUGUCACUCCACAUCAAGCAAAACCCGGUCCUUUGCAAAGCAUGUAGGACAUAUUCUGCAGCAAGUCAGAAGGCUGUUGGGGCUGCGUUAGGUAGGUUGAAAUGUGCAGUGCGGCUCGAGAGAGUUUUAUUUCCCAAAACACUACAACUCGGUUACUCAGGCAAUGAAAUCAGUUGGGCUAGACAACAGAAAGUGUUGCUUAUAUACAACACAAGGUUCGUAGUUCAUCAGUAGGACACAUGUUUUGCAUGUGAAAGGUUCCAUGUUUCAAGUCUUGACUUCUCCAAGCUGGGAAAGAGUUCUGUCUGAAACCACGAAGAGCUGCUGCCAGUCAGUGUAGACAUUACUAAGCUAGAUGGGCCAGUGGUGUGACUUUGUAUAUGGCAGCUUUCUACAUGAAUCCCUUGCUCAAGAUGCAGUGCUCCACAUUAACUGAUUGUUUACUCUAGAAUAUGCCCCACAAUCUUUUGCAGUGGUUCCUUGGGGUUGUUCCUUGAAUGUAGAAAAUGUAAACACUGAGCUGUAUCAGUAUGCCAGAUGUAAGUAACCAACAUGAGGCUGUAAAUAGCUGUUUUAUGACAGCCACAGGAACAGAAUACAAACCAAAAGAAACACCCACAAGAAAAACCCAAAAGGAAUCCUAUAACUUACAAUAGUUUCAGUAAAAGCCCAAGUUUGCCAUCUUAGAUGUUGCUGUCACCAUUGCUUGGUUUAAGGGUUUUGUUUUGCUUUUGAUUCUGCUCACCAAGCUGUUCCUGUCAGUGGGCAAAUCACUACUGUUUUUUCUUCUUUCUCAGGCUAUCGGACUACAGCUCCCAUCUUCCCUGAUUGUUGACUGUGCUGGCUGGGGCUGAUGGGAGCUGGUGUCCAGCAACAUCUGGAGAGCCACAGGUUCUCCACCCCUGGUCUAAGGUUAUCAGAGGGCCUGGCCUGGACUCCUGUGCCUUUAAUGGCAGCUUGAUAUGCAGAAAUCGGCAGGUGAAGCUUUUCGUAGUGUGAAAAGAAGCAUAGCCACCUGCUGAUGUUUGCAGAUGAACCUGCCUUUAAGGGCACUGGAACAGCAUCUGGUUAAUUUUCUUUAAGAUGCCCAGUUCUUCCAGUGAAGCCCUUCCUGCCCUCUUCCUCAGCUUGUUGUGAGAUUCUGAAUUCCCUCCACAGCAGGUAAGAGGAACACAGCAUGUUAGGUACCAUCUCCAAGUGAGGACCUGGAAACUCCAAAAAUUGCAAUUCUGUGCAUGCUUACUUGGAGAAUAAUUCCCUUCAAACUUGGUGGAGCUUACUUCUGAGUAGACAUGCACUGAACCAAGUUGUGUUUAUUCCAGAGCUGGCCUUUGACCCAGGUCCCUCUUGGAAUAGGAAAAUGUUAGGAACUUUCUGGGUCACCCCAAAUUCACAUUUAUUGUUGGUCUGCUGAUGCCUCUUUGUGAAGAAAGCUUUGUUUCUGAAGGGGUGAGGUGGGAGACCCAGACUCACAAUUACUUGGGGAGGGUGGGUGGGUGUGUAUGGUGGGAUCUUGCAGUUGACAGUAGAGAAACAGGCAAGGAAAGAAUUCCUAUGUUUUCUGAAGGUUAGGAAGCUGAAGCUGGAGGGCAGAUGCCUAGCAGGGUAUGGAAUCUUUGGGAGAGAAAUGGUGAAGAGCCUGGCAGGUAUGUAGUCUUAACUCAGGUAGCACAAGGAAGUGAUAAGCUGGGCUGCGCCACUGCAGGUGUGGGUCACAAAUUCUCCCUUACAUUUGAUUCAAAAUGGUAGAAAACUAGUAUCCAUCAGCAGGUACCAAGCUAGGCGAGAAUCUGUCUCGUCCUUAUGGUCCCCCUGUUUUUUCAUUGUGCACUUAACCAUUACAUUCCCUCUCCCCCUGCCCGCAAGUCUAAAGUGGUCCAGUCCACUUUGCUACCUCAGAAUUGUGCUGCGUGAUUUUCCAAGAGGAGAAUGGAAAAUGUGUUGCAUUGGCUGAGAAUUUUGGGGAGAGAAUAGGGACUAGUUCAGACAUGUGAUAAACCCAUAAGCAUUUACUAGUUCAAAUUGCACAGGCUUAACGAUGGAUGUUGUUUGUGGCAUAUUUUCAGUCUGGGAAGAAAAAACAAACAUCCUGCUUUGCAGACACCUUUGCAAGCAUCUCUUCACAUACCUGCACUAGCUUUCCCCCUAGCAGGGCUCCUGUGCCUUUAAUACCUGUGUGACAAGGAGAAAUUCAGCUUUUCCUGAUGUAUAGAUGAGGAAAGCUUAACCCACUAAACUUCUGAUGGGGUGGCAGGUGUUUCCCUGCCAGGAAAGAAAAAGUUACCAACCCCUAGUGCUGGGGUUUUUCUAGUCUAGGACAACUCCAUUGUCUGGUGACCCAGGAACCCUUUCUUCCAUCUGCAAGCCCUGUACUUUUGCCUCAUUCCAGGCCUGAGUCCCUUAGACUGCAGUAGCCUUAGCCAGCCACCACUGUGCCUUUAUAGGUGCCUCUUGUGCUUCCCAGCUUGCUGCCUGACAUGGUGGGCAGCUAGAUGGGGGAGGAGGAAAAGGUGGGGCUCUUUCCCCCGUUAGUCAUGUGCUUUUUCUCACCUGCAUAGGAACCUGGCUGGAAAAGAAAGAGAGAGAGAGAGAGACAACAAGCGCCCAGGGGCCACUAGGUGAGUGCAAGCCUUACAAUGCAUCCCCUAGCCUGCUUAAAGCAACACUGUCAAAUAACAGAGCACAGAAAAGCUGGCACCUAGUCAGUUGUUGUUUUUUGAAAUGGACAAAAUAAAAAGCUGCUUGGCUUGUGAAACCACCCAAGUCUUCAGGGCCUUGUAAAAAGCCUAACUGUCUUGUGCACCAAAGGCUCAUAGUCUGGAAAAGACUGUAGGAGAGUGUGGCAGAUAAGGAUACGGUAUUAUGGGGUUGGGGUAAUCCCUGCUCCAAAUCUGUUCGACUUUGGACGAUCAAUGUGUUUUACUUUUUUCUGGAAGACCGGGUGCCUUUAAGGGUUGCAUGAUUAAAAACCCAAACUCAACAGACGAAGCUUUCCCUGGUGUCGCAUCACCUGAAUACUGAGUAAAGCUCCACACGCUGAGUGUUUGCCUGUUGCAUGGUCACCGGGGGGCGGUGGGAAGGAGUUCUUUAAUUCCACUGGGUCCAGUUUCCCUGUCUAUAGAAUACUUCCCCCAAGGCAUUACCUCCCACUUGUCCACUUUCUCCUGGGAUAAUCUCUGAUUCAGCUAGGUUUGUGGCCUUUACUUUUCAUUGGACAGAAACUCUCUGCUUUUAAUGAGUAGAAAUCAACAGGGGGAAGCACAGUGUUGAAGAAAGCCUUACCUGUGACUUCUACUUUUUUAUAUAUACAGCUGCUGAAAGCAGUAAAUGUUCUGUCGGUUAAAACAAAGCAGUAGCUCAAAUCUUACUCAUCCUUCUUACCUCCAUUUAGCACCUUCCAGCAGGAGGUGCUACUUCUGUCCUGGGCUUGCUUCGUAACUUUGUCUUUCUGCUGGCUUUUCUUAAAGCGUCAACGCUCUAUAAAGUAUGAAGAGAGCCCCUCUAUAGUGAAGGAAACAUGGCAGACAAGAGGAAGCUACAAGGUAAGGGAGCCUACCUGCACUCUCCAAGCUCAGGGCUACUAAUACAUGCUAGGCACCUGGCUGGCCUGCAGAAGAGGGCGGGGCUGCUCAUCAGAACAGCUGGGCCAGAGCCAGGACUCCUCUGAGCUCUCUUGGAGAGGGUGGGGUCUCGUUGGUUAGAGUGGAGGGAAGGGAAGAGUUGACUAAAGGAGCAAGAGGGCCCCCCCUCUUUUUUUUUUAGAAGUGGAGAAUGACUUGGGAUAUUAGAAAGCAAUAACUAUGCUCUGAAGGGAGAGAGGAGUUUAGGAAGGGGAGAGGUGGCUCGGUUCUCUUUCGGUCAAAGAACGGAUCUUGCACUUCAGUAAAGUGAGAGGGGCAGGCUUGCAGGAAGCUGAGGGAGAGGAGAACCACCGUUCCAGCAUCCUCCUCUCAGACUGGGAGGAAGGAAUGGCCAGGUAUGGGCAAGGUAGAUCUUAUGAUUGCUCUCAGCAGGGAUUUUCUCUCCCCAGGUGAGAUUGAUCGGUGUUUGAAAAAGGUGUCGGAAGGCGUGGAGCAGUUUGAAGAUAUCUGGCAGAAGGUGAGGGCUGGCAGUGGCCUCGCCUCCUAAAUUCUGCCCUAUUCUCUGACAUCCACCCCACACUAGCCUUUUAGACCACCACAUUGCCCUGUAAUUGUUCUUGUUGCUAUGUCCGCAGAGGUUUCUGUUCUUCUCCCCACCCCUACCCCGGAAUCUUUUCAGCUCCCUGUUUGUUUUCUGCUCUGGGUUGCUUUCCACCCUGAGUCCUGGGGUCUCCCAUCUUUCUCACCCCACCUCUUGUUUCCUCUUUCUCCCUAUGCAACAGCUCCACAAUGCAGCUAAUGCCAACCAGAAGGAGAAAUAUGAAGCCGAUCUGAAAAAAGAAAUAAAAAAACUCCAGGUAAACAUUUUGCCUGGACUUGUUUCCAGAUCUUUUCUUACCAAAUUUAGGGAAUGUUGGGGUUGGAGUGAUCUGUGUAUCAGGACUCUAGGGGCACCUUUGGAAGGAGCAGAGGAAGAUGGGGCACUCUUUCCCCACAGGGCUUGCUGGUUUAUAGUUAGAGAGUAGAGGUUGGGGUGGCCUGGACCACAGGUAUGGCUCCACUGAGAAGGGGGAAGAACCUAGGUGUUUGGCGGGGGGGGGGGGUUCAUAGCUUCAUUGUGAGAAUGCCUUGGGAUAGCAAGGAUGUAUAGAUUAGAUCAGCCUUCUCCACCCUGAUGUCCUCCUGAUGUUUUGAACCACACCUCCCAUCAUCCCUGACCAUUGGUUUGAGGUUUAAAACAUCAGAUCAGACAUGGCUGAAUUUGAGUAAGAAUGAGGCUUGGAAAAGCGUAGAUUUUUCACAAAGGACAGUCUGUUUAGUGAGUUUAGAUUCUGUUAAAAGAAAGUGAAUUCUAAUUGUUGGAGCAAGGAAAGGCUAGCUUCCUUGUUCGCUAAUGCCAGUUCUAGCAGUGAUAGCAUAUGAUGAACAAUCUAGAGGUUGUUACUUCUGUUUGCUCAUACCUCUGACCACUAGCCUUCAUUCAUCGGAGGAAAGGUAGGUUGGCAUCUUUUCCCCAACCGUUCCCACCUACCUGCUUAACGGGCUCUUCUUCUGCAGAGAUUGAGGGACCAGAUCAAGACGUGGGUUGCAUCCAAUGAGAUUAAGGACAAAAGGCAGCUAAUAGACAACCGAAAACUCAUUGAGACGGUAAGAAGAAUCCGCUACCUGCUACAUAUUGGUGCUUGGCAAGAGACCUAAUUAAUUGGAGGUUUAUUUUGGGAAAUUGUGUCUACCAAAGGUAUAAAACUAACACAUUUCAUUGCCUUCAGCUAUUUUCAUACUGGUUCUUAGUUUUGCUGAGGAUCUCCUGUUUAUACGUGGGCUUAACUUUGCUUAGCUCCUCCCCCACAGCAUUGCAAUUGGCUAGUAAGUAGUGUGACCUCAUAAAGGUGAGCCAGCUUGCCUUUACAGUCCAGAUAUAGACUGGGAGACUUUUGCAGAAAGGGGUUCUGUGAGGAGCCCAGGAUCCCUUUGGAGCAGGUCUUCUGAUUGAGACAACAUGGGAUAGAUGGUAAAGUUUUAGAGGUGGUUUAAAGACACCCAGGGGAAAGGUCUAUUGAGUUGUGACCCAAGACUUUCCUGGGCCCUUUUGGAAAGGAGUUUAACACUUGGACAGCUGUUUUGCAACGGGCAAGCAGAGUUUUGUAUUUGCCAUGAUGAUGUGCACAGACUGGCAUGAUGCAUAUUCAGAUUUUAACUUUUUCUUUUCUUUUCUGCACGGUUCUGCACUGCUGUAAAUCUCGUCUGUUAUCUUCUAAUGCAGAACCAUCAAGCCCAAGUGCUGUGUGUUCACUGUGGCAAAGAAAGGGUGAUCACUGACCAAUUCACGGGGGCACAAAUUGCAUAUUAGUUGGAUCAUUCAAACUUGAGGGCAGCUUUGUGCAUUAAAUAGCUGCUUACAUGUUUAUUGCUGUGGGUACUUGCAGCCGACACUGGCUUCUUGGCAUGUGAUGUGUGACUGAAAAUGCAUUGGUACAUACACAUUUUUUAUGGGUUUGCCUUAAAUCUCCUUUUGCAAGGUAAUGUGUGCAGAGCCAUUUCUUCUGAGUUCCAUACACGCACAUGCACUAUAUUCACAAGUUCUCAUUUUUUAUUUUGGAAAAAAAAAGUUUCAGAGACAAAAUGGGUUAGGGUUGAAGCCUGGGAUUCCUGGGUAGGAAGAGAUCCUGGUAAAUUCCAGCUAAUGGUUAGGGAGCCAGGAUUCUUUAGUUAACAGGGGAUGGGAUCCAGAGCUCUCUUAGGGCAUGGAGCUGUGUGGCCCAGUUUAAACGUGGCAGCUGAAUUGGGGUGGUAGGAUCUUGGGAUGGAAGGCAGCACUUCAAACUACAGAUGAGGCAAAGCUGUUUUUAAAUGUCCCUAGAGGACCUCCACCCCUAACCUACCCACCAAAAUAAAUGCCUCUGCCAGGGAACAAGCAACACAGUAGUAGAAAGGUUCCGAUCCAACCACAUCCUUUCUACUGCACUGGUUUUUUUACUUGCAGUCGGCUUUUUAAAAAAAUACACAAUGAUUUAGAAAUGGUUAUCCCUCCAUUGCUGUCUGGAAUAGAACAGUCCAUUCUACCACCUGAGGAUUCUGCCACUUCAUUCUGCUGUCUGUGGUUCUCGGGCUGGAUCUGCAGUCUCCAUGUUCAGGAAAAAUAACUUAGUACAGUGGUACCUCGGGUUACAUACGCUUCAGGUUACACACUCCGCUAACCCAGAAAUAGUACCUAGGGUUAAGAAUUUUGCUUCAGGAUGAGAACAGAAAUUGUGCUCCGGCGGCACGGCAGCAGCAGGAGGCCCCAUUAGCUAAAGUGGUGCUUCAGGUUAAGAACAGUUUCAGGUUAAGAAUGGACCUCCAGAACAAAAUAAGUACUUAACCCGAGGUACCACUGCACAGUUCCUCGUAGGGGUUUGCUUCAUGAUUUAGGUGGGAGAAUUGUGUGAUUGAAUGGUCCCUUUUAACAAAGUAAGAUCCCAUUUUGUAUCCUUUAAAUGCCUACUGCAGAUAGAAUUCUCAGUCCACCAAUGAUGAAAAGCCUGGGAAGAGUUACCCUUUCCCCAUCCUGAUUGAAGAUUGAAAAUUGGGGCUGAAACAUGCUUGGGAGUAAUUAAUCUAGAUUUAUUUAUUUAUUUUGCUAUUUAUCUCCUCUGCUGCUGCUGAGGAUUUCUGCCUUUUCAAAUGAUCACUGAGAGGGGAAUAUAUGCUGAUAGCUUGGACUUCUCAGCGACCCUUAGCUCAGCUAGUUGCCUCUGGUCUGUCUUUUCCAGCAAAUGGAGCGGUUCAAGGUAGUGGAACGUGAGACCAAGACGAAAGCCUACUCGAAGGAGGGCCUGGGCCUGGCGCAGAAGGUGGACCCAGCCCAGAAGGAAAAGGAGGAGGUCGGGCAGUGGCUGACGGUGAGGACAAGUGGAGGCUGGCUGCUAAAUGCCUGGAAGGAGGAGCUGCUUUUUAGCAGACGAAGGGAGAAGGAAGCUCUGGUUUUUAAGGGGUGUGGCUUUAAAGCUGGAGCAGGAGAACCCCUGGCCCUCCAGAUACCCUUGGACUACAUCCAACUUGCAUCAGCCCUGACCAUUAGCUGUGCUGACUGGGACUGAUGGAGGUUAUAGAUUCUGUUAGCAACCGGAGGACCACCAAUAACCCCUUCCUGCUUUAGAACUUCCUCUUUUUAUAGUACUGGAUGUAAGCUGCGACCUUAUGCCAUGUGAUACAGAUGGUCCUCCCUUUCCACUCAUAGUUGACAUUGGAGGCUUGAGGUUCAGACAUGGGGGGAGGGGAGAGACAGAUUCCUCCCUCUCCCCCCCCCCCAAUUUUUUUGUCACCUCACCUGAACCCGAGAGCUUCUGCUUGCCAGGCUUUGUUUUCUAAUGAUAGCAAACAGAGAGCCAUGAGGCCCAGUCUGGGGCUGGAAGGAAAAUCUGUGCCCGUCCAGAUACUGUUGGUGCUGCAAGCACAGCCAGUGGCCGGGGAUGGUGCGAGUUUUAGUCCAAUAAUAUCCGGACGACCAGAGUUAGGCACCCAUUGGCAAGAGGGAGAACCUCUUUUCCAUGGCGAGGGAGGAUUGGGGAGAAUAACAUGUUUCUUUCUGUCUGUCCUUCCUUCAGAACACAAUAGACACCUUGAACAUGCAGGUGGAUCAGUUUGAGAGCGAAGUGGAGUCGCUGUCUGUCCAGACGCGCAAGAAGAAAGGAGACAAGGAUGUGAGUCAAUGGAUGAUGUCCUCCUCGGAGGACGGAGGGCUGUGUUUGGGGAAAUGGCAUCACCUCACAGGUCAAAAGCCAAGGUGGAGGUAUCUAUGGGAACGAUGACUUCUGAGACCUCACAAGAAACAAGAUUCUGUGAGGUUGGGGGUCAGGCUGAGAGGUGGUGCCUGGGUGCUAUGCUGUGAGCUUCCUAGAUGGGUGAGGAUUUGAACCUGGCUCUCUUCCCCUCCCCACCACACAGAAGCAAGACCGAAUCGAGGGCCUGAAGCGGCACAUUGAGAAACACCGGUACCACAUUCGGAUGCUGGAGACCAUCCUGAGGAUGCUGGACAAUGACUCCAUCAACGUGGACUCCAUCCGCAAGAUCAAGGAUGACGUGGAAUACUAUGUGGAUUCCUCGCAGGACCCUGAUUUUGAGGAGAACGAGUUCCUCUAUGAUGACCUCGACUUAGAAGACAUUCGUAAGUGUCUCCUUUGGGUGGGCUGCUUUUGGUUGAGGUUAUAUGGGGGGUGGGGGAAGCCAAAGCAGCCUUGAGACUUGGGGAAGAAGCAGUAUUGCAGCGCUAGCUAUGAUAACUGUGAAGGAGCAAACUUCAAAUCAUUUUAAAUCAACCAGUUAUUCCCUCCUAACAAAACCUGUGGUCUAGAGGCAACUGUCAGUUUGAGCUUAGCAUUUAGCUUGAUACCCAUCCACCCUUAGAACCGCCCUGAGACCUCCGGGUAUAUGGCAGUAUAUAAAUUCAGUAAAUAAUAAUAAUAUUUAGAAGUUUCGGGUUUUACUGGGUAAGCGCUGCCAUUUGGCUAUUGUUGCAGAUUCAGCAUUUGGUGAGAGUCUGCUGUGGUUCUGUGCAUUUUAUUAUUGCUAGAUAGCUCAUUAACUGUUCAGAGAUUUGGUUUUGUUUUAUUUUGUUGCUACUUGAACUAUAUCUGUUCACCUGGGCUACUGACUCUGAAUGUUGCGUCGUGACCCUUCUCAAAACUCCAGGAGCGUAUGCUGGUCUUUGGGUCCCAGAAACUUGUUAGGCUGGUUUACUUCAGUGCAUUGUAGUGGUGGGGUUUGGUGUAAAGAAUUGGGCGUACUGAUCCCUGAUUUCCUCUUAAUCCUUUUUUGGGAGGACGGCACUUGCCAGGUUAUCAGUACAGUGGUACCUCGGGUUAAGUACUUAAUUCGUUCCAGAGGUCCGUUCUUAACCUGAAACUGUUCUUAACCUGAAGCACCACUUCAGGUUAAUGGGGCCUCCUGCUGCUGCUGCUGCGCUGCCGGAGCACGAUUUCUGUUCUUAUCCUGAAGCAAAGUUCUUAACCUGAAGCACUAUUUCUGGGUUAGCGGAGUGUGUAACCUGAAGCGUAUGUAACCCGAGGUACCACUGUAUACUUUUCAAAUAUAAAGUGGCACAGCAGUGAACUCUUGCAAAGCCCAGACAGCGGGAUCAUACUCUGUAACAGCAGUACCCACCUGCUGGAUUGUGUCACUGCCGACGAACUGCAGCCUCUUUGGGUUCAUAAGCCUCUCCUUGUUCUUGACUCUGCAGCACAGGCCCUGGUUGCCACUUCCCCACCCAGCCACAGUCACAUGGAGGAUGAGAUGUUCAACCAGUCCAGCAGCACGCCUACCUCCACCACGUCCAGCUCCCCAAUCCCUCCCAGCCCUGCGAACUGCACAACAGUAAGGAGGCUCCCCUGUUACGAUGCCAGGGGUGGGGGGUAGGAAAGGGGACCUUUCGGGAUUGUAUCAACUUGAGUGAAUAGUACUGAGUGCUUCUACAGGUUGUUAGAAACCCAGCUUGCUUUCUUAGUUCCACGGGUAACAGCUCUUCUAAUCAAGCCUUCCUCCCUUCCUUCCUUCCUUUAGGAGAACUCUGAAGAUGACAAGAAACGGGGACGAUCAACAGACAGUGAAGUGAGCCAAGUGAGUUUGGAGCCCAGAAUUCAUUCCUCUCAAGGGUUCGGCUUUUGGAAGAUGGGUUAGAAACUCCCUUGGUGAUUUGGGCAAGGGGAGAGGAGCCCGGGCUUCUUGGGACAGAGGGGCAUCAGAACUAGUUAGGUAGAGCCAUUUCCAGCAUGUUACUUCUGAUCUGGUUCAGUUCUGUUGUGAAGGAUGUACCACUUCCAGAAUGCAUGCAAGAGUAGGGCUGGGGGUUGGGUGGUUGGGCAGAGCCGCUUGCUUUGAGAGUAACACCCACAUUGCAAUCUCCUUAACAUACAAACACCUUGCAUGUGAGAGGGGAACAGUUUCUAUCAUGGCCACCUCCUAAAAAGUUAGCUUUUACAGGCUGGGAGUUGUCCGUGUGAGUUUGCUUUCCCAUGGGCUCCCCUCUCUGAAAGCAUUUUCUGAGGUGGUACAGCCCAAUAAGAGGACUGUACCAUCACCGUAAGGAAGGUAUGUUUUAGGCCAGCUCUUAAAAGAGUGGAGGGACGGGUGAACCGAGACAUGAAUGGUUCCUAGUUUUGCUCUCUUUUGAGUAGAAAGGCAGCAGUUAUGAUCCUAAAUCUUCUCUCCCCCCUCUCCCAUCCUUCUCUCCCCCCAGUCCCCAGCGAAGAAUGGUUCGAAAAGCCUCCACAACCACCACCACCAGCCGCCUCCCACAAUCCCCACCAGCUACCCGAUGGGCGGCAGCUCCAGCACUUCGUCCUCGCUGGGGGACGGGCCUGGUUCCAACAGCAACGGGGCUGUGGCUGGCAGUGGGAACGCGAGCGGCAAAGCUAACCCUCCGGCAGGGCACGCACCCACCACCCCGACCCCUUACGCCCAGGCUGUGGCGCCCCCACCCACCAGCACCAAUGCCUCUCAGCCCCGGCCUCCCAGCACCCAGCAGAACGCCAGCAAGCAGAACGGGGCAACCAGUGAGUCUGGGGUCUGGGCCAUUGCUUCGACUUUCCCAAAAGAUUCCUGGGGGGUUAGGAAUGGCUGCUGUGUUGCAGAUGCCAGGUGUUUAGCAGGGUCGCCUUAUGUAGCUGUGCCUUUUCAACAGCAUCUUGAAAAUCCAGAGGGGAUAAUCCUCCAUGCUCCGAAAAGUGUCGCCUGCCAGUUCCUUCCUAUCCAGCAACAGCUAAAGGCCAGUCUGUAAUGUGGCGAGGCCGGCAGUUGCUGUUUUAUAGGCUACGGGAGGGGAGGGUUGAGACGAAGCCAAAAUUAGGAGCUGCUCCAUUGAUACCUAGGCCAGGAAGCUCAGUUUCCCCUCGUUUGUGUAAUGUUGUGACCAUUUAGCCCAGAAGUCAAGCCAGAGCUUCUUUCUUUUUAAUCCCUCCUGCCUAGGUUAUAGUUCUGUGGUAGCGGACAGCAGUUCAGACUCCACGCUAAGCAGCGGCAACCAGGCAUUGCCUAAUCAGACGGCGUCGCACAACCCGCCCAGCGCUUCUGUGUGAGUUUCUAUCUUGUCCCUUCCUGGCUGUCCUGUCUCACUCUUCCCACCAUGGACCACUUUUCCUAGUGGGCAGACCAUAGAGUUUUACAUGGUUGUAAGUGGUGUUUUGCUCUCUUUUUUUUUUUGCCCUCUUUUGGCAAAGUGCAUUAUUUUAUUUUAUUUUUUUAAUUUUGCUUUAAACAAAUACAGGUAAAUAUAAGCAACCAAAAUUACAAAAGAGAAAUCAAUAAUAAUAAUAAUAAUAAUAAUAAUAAUAAUAAUAAUAAUAAUAGAAAAGAAUACAAAACUACAAAAAAUAUCAAAGCAAAGUGCAUUAUUUGGCAGCAUUUUUUAAAAAACAACUUCUGUGUAUCUUGGUAUCUGGGCACACAAGGAGCUGGGUUGUAAAUGUUGCUGAUGAAUAAAUAAAAUAUAACUUUGCUCUUUAGCUCCGGUCGGAGGCAGUAGUGCUUCUGAAUGUCAGUUGCUGGAAACCACAGGAAGGGAGAGGGGGCCCUUGGGCUUGGCUCCUGCUUGUGGGUUUCCCAUUGGCGCAUCUGGUUGGCCACUGUGAGAGCAGGAUGCUGGCCUAGACGGGUCGUUGGUUUGACCCAACAGGGCUUUUCUUACGUUCAUAUUUACUUCCGGGCUCAGUUUAAAGUGCUUUUAUAUAAAGACUUUUAUAAAGACUCAGGCUAUGCCAGGAUGUUCUCUAGAAAAAUGUUCUAGUCCACAUAAACCUGUCUGAUCCUUACGAUCAGAGCUUCCCGUCACUGCCAGAGAGGGUCUUUUCAGUGAUGGCACCUAUACUUUGGAACAUUUUCCCUGGGGAGAUCUGUCAGGUUCUCUCUUUUCCUGUGUUUGGAUCAGACAAGCCUAAAGUGUUCUAUCUUUGAAGGAAGUGCAACCCUGACUUCUGUGUCUCGCCUCCUUUGGCAGCAAAGAGCCCAGCGCAGCUUCGCAGCCGCCGAGCGGUGGCAACACCACUGGAUCCAGCCUCCUGGUGCCUCUGACUGCCAACCCUCCUGCCUCGCCCACGCCCAGCUUCUCUGACAGCAAGCCUGCCCAGACCCUGCUCAACGGGCCGCCCCAGUUCAGCUCCGCAGCAGAGAUCAAGGUGAGCGAUCGCUUGUGCUCCACACGCAACAGGCUGCUUCCAGCCCUCUUUCCUCCAGGGAACGUGGGCUGGUGUUUGUGGCUGUGCUUGUCCCACGUCAUCCUCUCAAAAGAACCCUGGAAGGUGGGUUUGCCCGAGAGGUGACUUAACUGCCUGUGAUCUCCCUGUGAGUCUUAAUCAUUGCAGCAGCUUUCAUAAAAACAGCUUUCUCUCACUCCUCCUUUGCUACGUUUGUGUGUCGUGCAGGCACCUGAGCCUCUAAGUACAUUGAAGUCAAUGGCUGAGAGGGCAGCUAUCGGCUCUAGCAUAGAGGACCCCGUGCCAUCUCUACAUCUCGCUGAAAGGGGUAAGUGUGGAGAAAGAGGCAUUGCCCCUGCAAAGCUGUGGUUCAGGGGGAAGGCCAAAUAGUGUCAGCACAGUUCAGGUGCACAUUUCUGAGUCCUGUGGCAUUCCUGCGUGUGUCUGACAACUUCAGAAAUUGAAGUGUGGCUACUUUGGAUGAGAGGUGGUGGUUUCUAAGACCACCAGUCUCCACUCUUCUCUCUCUGUACCAUUCUAUACUCACCCCCAAGAACAGCAACAAAAAUCCUUGACCUACAGGCAAGUCAUUCUGCUAUAGAUCUCAGCCCUUCCAUUCACCAUUUGUGUUGGCAGUUGAGGAGCAGGCUGCCAUCUGGUACACAAAUAAUCAGUUUUUUCUGGCCCAGAUGUUGUCCCUGGAGCUUUUCAUUGCUUGAUAUUUUAAACCAAGGAUCUGUGACAGAGUCAAGCUUGCUUUAAAAUGAGAUCAUAAUAAAAAAUUUAAUGAAAGUGUUCUCUGAGGCUGUGGGUCUGUGCAAGAGAAGGAAGACAUUUUGGAGGAGAAAAUGAAGUCUCCCAAGUUCUGAGUAGUACAGUUAGAUCACUGAUUUCACUUACACGAUCACAGCUUUAUGCAGGUCACGAAUGAAUAAAUGCCAAGUGUGGUGGGAAAUGGGAUGCGGGGGAGCAGGAAAAAAUGGCUGGCAAAUCCCAUUGGCCAUUGGGAGAGCGUUUGGGUGUAGUUGAAAAGUUGGGAGAGUGGAGGAGGUUGCAGAACAUUUGGGAGGUUGCUGGAAAGAGAUCAGAGGAGGCCGGAGAGAUUUGUGGAGGAGUUGGAGAUUUGCUUCUCUUUCCCCCCGGUUUGCUAGGGGUGUUCUGCUUUUACAGGAUUUUGCUUAUUCAUGCAAUAGCAAGAAAUGAGAUUGACCUGAACUAUAAUCCGCAGCCACCUUUUAAGAGAUGGUAGCAGGGAUAAUAAUUCUUGAUGAAUCAAAGGACUCGUCGUGAGAAGCAGGAGGAGCUGCUUUUAAAAACACAGCCUUCAGAGUCCAGGCUCGCUUGAAUUGUAUCCUGAGAGCAUGUGUCAAGUCCCCGCUGAGUGAUUCUUUCCCCUUUUCUGCUCCAGCUGAUAUCUUAAUUACGAGCACGACCUCCCAGCCAGCCUCCAACCAGCCCCCCAUCCAGCUAUCUGAGGUGAACAUCCCCCUUUCGCUCGGGGUGUGCCCCCUGGGGCCUGUGCCUCUCACCAAGGAGCAGCUCUACCAACAGGCCAUGGAGGAGGCCGCCUGGCACCACAUGCCUCAUCCUUCUGAUUCAGAAAGGAUCCGGUAAGAGGGUUUGCCCUGGUGGGGGGGUGGGGGGUGUCAGGGGCCUUUGCCUUUCACAGUCCAAGUCACAUCCUCAAGUUCUCUGAACUGUAAAUUGUCAGUCCAGUUUUCAUAUCGCCAGCACAGCUCAAACUCUUCCCUUUGCUUGUAAGGAUGCAACAAAAACCCACUGUUGCACAUGGGAGACACACAGGUCAAUAGCGGGGAGAUGCAAUGCAUGGGGAUGUUCCUGCUAGGGGAGGAAAAGAGCCAUCCUAGAAUCAAGGAAUUGUAGAGUUGGAAGGGGCUGCAAGCAUCAUCUAGUCUAAUCCCUGAAAUGCAAUAAUCUUUUGCUCAAAUGUGGGAUUUCAAAUCCAUGACCCUGAGAUGAAGAGUUUCAGGCUAUGCCAACUGAGCCGCUCUGGCAAUUGCUGUUGCCCUUGACGCCCUCCCUGGACCCUGAGGAUUUAGAUCAUCAAUUCCAGUAUUUGGGGGGCAAGUAUUCGUAAGAAAAUAAGAGCCUGGUGGAGCAGACCAAAGCCCAUUGAGUCCAGCAUCCUAUCCUCACGGUGCCAAAUGGUUGCCUGUGCAAAACCAGGAAGCACAAGAGCAGUCUCCCUCCCCUCUUGCGGUUUCCAGCAACGCGUAUUCAGAAGUGUUGCUGCCUCCCAACUAUUGAGGCCGAGCAUAACCAUAAUGGCUAGUAGCCAUUGAUAACCCUCUCCUCUCUGAAUUUGCCCCCUCCUCUUUUAAAGCCAUCCAAGGCUGUCACUGCCUCCUGUGGGAGCAAGUUCCUUAGCUGAACUAUUCAAGAGGGUUGUGGGCACACAGCAUAACACCAGUCCUGCAGGAUCUGCACUGGCUGACGGUCCUCACAGACUGAAUUCAGUCUAACGCUAGCAUAUAAUGUCCCUAAUGACUUGGGACCCAAACCCUGAGAUUGCACACCCACCCACACCCUGGACCGCCUUGAGAUGGUUGGACAUUACGGAGGCCCAUCAGUCACCAAAUAGUGGCAGAUGGAGGGAGAGUUUGGCACAAUCCGGUGGGAAUUGCUGAUAUCGGUUUCAACUGUUUUCCUUGGUUCGCUUCCUCCAUUCCACUCCAGUUGCCAUCUUGAACUACUGUCUUAACCCUCCAGCCAGCUUAUCUGUGGGGUUUGAGGUGUGUGCAUGCACACAUAGGGGAUGGGGAGACUGCUGCCGCCACCACCACCAGGCUGGAGUUGAACACACUCAUCUUCUUAACCCCCAUAGGCAAUAUCUGCCGCGAAACCCCUGCCCGACCCCUCCGUACCACCACCAGAUGCCUCCCCCACACUCCGAUACGGUGGAGUUCUACCAGCGCCUCUCUACAGAGACCCUUUUCUUCAUCUUCUACUAUUUGGAGGUAAGAAGUCGGUAGUUUCUGAUGGACAGGUUUUGCCACCCUUUCCCCACCACCACCACCACCACCACCCACUGAGGCCUAUAAGUGCUCCGCGGAUGUGCUACUAGCAUCCCUCACUUGGAACUGGUACCAGUGUGUGUAUCCCACAGCCCUCACCUGUCACCUUAUGCUUCAAAGGGCACGAAGGCACAAUACCUGGCAGCGAAGGCGCUGAAGAAGCAGUCCUGGCGCUUCCACACAAAGUACAUGAUGUGGUUCCAGCGGCACGAAGAACCCAAGACCAUCACUGAUGAAUUUGAGCAGGUGAGGGGACCACAAAAGCUCCUAUGCAGGGGGGAAAUGGGAUGGGCCCAGCACAUGGAUUCCCAACCCCCCUGGAAGCUGCCUUAUACUGAACCAGACCGUUGGUCCAUCGGGCUUGGCAUUGUCUACACUGAUUGGCAGUAGCUUUCCCAGGUUUUCAGACAGGUUCCUAUGCAAUCCUACAUGGAGAUGCCAGGAUUUGAACCAGGGACCUUCUCUGAAGGCACAGCAGAUGCUCUGCCACUGAGCUAUGGCCCUUCUCUUACUGGAAGAGAAGAAUGGGGGGGGGGGAAUAAUGAGGGGACCAGAGUAAGUAGCCAGGUGAAGCAUAGAAACUGCCUGCUAAGCCCUGGAGCUUCUUGUUGAGUUUUGAGCCAGUUAAUUCCAGUGUCAUGAAAACUAGAAACCCUUAUUGUAAAUUUUUGGGUUUUUUAAAGGAUUCCAGUCUACAUGAAUUCCGCUGUAACUCCCAUGAGGAUGUUGUUUGGCUUGAAUGUCUGAGAGUAGGGCUUAAGAGUACAAAAUGACUGUGCGAUGCCACUGGGAAUUUUAUAAUCAUUUGUUUUCUUCUGUAACAGGGAGGUGAGGAGAAAGUAGAAAGCAGGAAGGACAGUUUUCCCAUUUUCAAGGUCCUACAUAGUUUUCUUGUGGACAUUGUUGAUUUGAAUAAGAGUCGCUUCUAAUACAGCUUUGCUUCAGCUCUCUCUGCAUUUAGUAAAUGCAGAAAAGGUUUUGAGGUUCUCGGGAGUUGUGGUUCAUGCCGCUGUCCACAGGGACAGCUAGUUACCUUGAGUGUGACUUCUCCCUUCAAGGAAAAUAUAGAGAAGGGAGGGAGGUCUGUAUUCUUCUGCUGUAUACCUACCUCUGAAAUGGGUAUUCUGAUGUCUCUUCUCACCACAUAGCUAUAUGGCAUUGGGGUUCAGCAGCUCUGAAUGUUUUAAGAGGAUGAAACUGGGAUCCUGAGGGCCCCCAAAGCCCUUCCUCCUCACUGGGAAGUAGCCCAGUCCUUGCCUCCUGCUAUCAAGCUUUAAUCUGACAUGAGAGCGGAGUUGCUAAGCUGUUAAUUCUCUGACUCUUCCUUGCUGGGCAAGAGGAAGCUCAUUCUCCAAUACACUUUGUCUCUCUUGUUUCUGCACAGGGCACUUACAUCUACUUUGACUACGAGAAAUGGGGCCAGCGCAAAAAGGAGGGUUUCACCUUUGAAUACCGCUACCUGGAAGACCGGGACCUGCAGUGAUGACCUGGGGCCAGCAGGGGGUGCCAAGCCUUCCUUCCAGAGACAACUGCGGUGCGCUUGGGGCAGCAGCAAAGGAAGACCAACCAAUAACACCACAUCACCCCACACACACCCCACCCAUCACAACCGUGGGGGAACGGGGCGAGCUGCACGUUUUUUAAAAAAAAAAUAUGCAUGCAAGUUUUAAAAGUGACCGCGGGACGGAGGAGGAGGGGCGGCAGUGGCGGGAUUCUCCUCUGCCUUUUCCUUGCUCUCUUCUGCCUGUAAUGCAUACGAAGAGGUCGAGAAAAAAAGGGGAAAUGCUCUUCAGGGUGAGAGAGUGGAGAUUAAAAAAGAAUUUGAGAAUCCCACCAAAAGAGUGACUUCCCCCCAAUCUACAUUUUUGUGUGUCUUCUAAAUUGGAGAAUUUAUUAUGCCCCUUCCACCACCAAUUGCAGCAAACACCAACAUCCUGUCCUCCUUUGCCCUCCUCGCCAACCUCUCAAGUGCAGACGUCACCCCCGAUUUGGCUGCCAUCAUAUGCCCAAGUGUGUGACAGAUGAGGGCACAGGGCUCUAUAAAUAUCCCCAAUAGUCAGAAGCGUUGGGAACAGUUCAGGGUGACUUUGCUCCAACCUCUGCCUAGUUGUCACUGCUGGAAAUGGCAAAAAGCAAAAUGACGCCAACUUGUUACCAACCGGUGAAGUCAGCCGGCUGCCAGAAAGGAUCCCAGUACAAAGUAUUUUGUGGACUGGUACCUUCAGUUAACAUUUUAUAGGCCGCCGUAUUUUUUCACUUGCUUCUGCAGGUGAUUUUGUCGAGGGACACAAAACGCCACCUGUCCUCAUCAGUUCAGUUUGGAAAAAUUCCCAAAGCUCCCUUUCCUUACUGAAACUUUGACUUAAGGGAGUAUAUCCCCACCCCCACCCCCUUUGCUGCUUCUCUCCUAACCCCCCCACCCCCACCCCCCGUUUUCCAAAAUUUUGUUGCCACCCUAAAUUUGGUAUCUGAGCUCAUAUCUUAAUCUGCUGCUCCUCCCACAGAGAGACCCUCCCCCUUGAUGACUUGCAAUUUAUUCCUGAUUGGAGGGGAAAGACUUGGGGAAACCCAGAGAGAGAUGGAAAGACAGCUGUGUCCCACCAUCUCCCUCCUCAUGCAGCCCCCUGAACUGGAGCACCCCGCCCAUGCCGCUGUUUAAGAUAUUUUUUCGUAAGCCUAUUUUCGUUUUGGAAAAUAUUUAUGAAUAAAUAGUUUUAUAUGAA